AUGCUCGCUUUAUUGUCCUUAAAGCAAACAUACAGUGCUAAUCACCACCUCUUCCAAAUUUCCAAAAGACUAACUGUUGUUUUUAGCUCAACCUCAACCCAAUCCAUAGAAGUUGAAACAAUUGCAAGAAUAAUCAAUGACCAUCCAUUUCCAAAUCAACCUCUACACCCCACUCUCACACACCAUAUCCCACCAACUCUCCUCACCACUGCUUUUGUUGAAAAUGUUCUUGGCCGCCUAUUUGCUGCUCACUCUAAUGGCCUUAAAGCCUUGGAAUUCUUUAAGUAUUCGCUCAAUAAUCAAACCCAUUUCGUCCCAAGUCCUGAUUCCUUCGAAAAGACCCUUCACAUACUUGCCCGGAUGGGAUAUUUUGAUAAAGCUUGGGACUUUAUGAUUGAAAUUGGAAAGACACAUCCUUUUUUGCUCACCCUCAAGUCCAUGAGCAUAAUGUUAUGUAGAAUUGCUAAAUUUCGAUCUUACGAGGAGAUGCUUAACGCGUUUGAGAGAAUGGAGAAGAGGGUUUUUGUUUGGAGGAAAUUUGGUGUUGAAGAGUUUAAUGUGUUACUUCGAGCAUUUUGCACUAUGAGGAAAAUGAAAGAGGCGAAAUCUGUGUUUGUAAAGAUGCAUGAGAGGUUCCCUCCUAAUGUUAAGACCAUGAAUAUUUUGCUGUUGGGGUUUAAGGAAUCUCGGGAUGUUACUGCAAUGGAGUUGUUUUAUCAUGAGAUGGUUAAGAGGGGGUUUAAGCCUAAUAGCUCAAGUUAUGGUAUUAGAAUUGAUGCUUAUUGUAAAAAAGGUUAUUUUGGUGAUGCUUUGAGGAUUUUUGAAGAAAUGGAGAAGGCUAAUUACUCACCGACUUUGGAAACGGUCACUACUUUGAUUCAUGGAGCAGGAGUUUCUCGAAAUGCUAUCAAAGCCAGGGAGUUGUUCGAAGAAAUCCCUCAGAGGAACUUGCAGGUUGAUACUGGGGCUUAUAACGCGCUGAUUAGCUCAUUUGUUAAGUGUAGGGAAGUGAAGUCUGCCAUUCAGUUGAUGGAUGAGAUGGAAAAGAACAAUAUUAGUUAUGAUGAUAUGACCUAUUAUACAAUGUUUUUAGGCUUGAUGAAGUCGGGUAGUAUUGAGGGGGUUUGCGAGCUUUAUCACAAGAUGAUUGAUAGAGGUUUUGUUCCCAAAACAAGAACUGUGGUUAUGCUGAUGAAAUUCUUCUGUGUGAAUAGCCUGGUUGAUUUGGGUUUGAAUUUUUGGGGAUACCUGGUGGAGAAGGGUUAUUGUCCUCAUCAUCAUGCAUUGGAUCUUUUGGUAACAGGAUUGUGUUCUAGGGGGAGGCUGCAUGAAGCUUUUACGUGCGCUAAACAAUCAUUGGAGAGAGGAAUCCACAUCAGUGAAGCAGUGUAUCGAAUGUUGGAGACAUUCUUGCUACAAUCUAAUAUGAAAGACAAGUUGAGGGAGCUCAAUCAGAUGAUAGAGAAGUUACAGUCUGUUUUGCCCACGUCAAGUGGGCAUUUUAUUCAUAGUCCUUCCUUCACUGAUAUGGAAAUGGUCUGGUGUGAUUGUGGGGAUUUUAUACCAAUUAAAGGGAGUAACACAAAUGAGGGCAGUGUUGAGAAGAACUGUAAAGUUCUGCAGAUCGGUGAUCCACAUUUUGUUCUGUGCAUGCCUGCUGUUAUGAUGAAUUUUUCUGGAAUUUCUUUGUUUGUCCGUUCUUUGGGUUGCAAUACUUUUCAAGACAACCUAUGUAUUUUGAGAAAUUUGAACUUGAUCCCAAUAUUUGAUGCUUUUCCAGAUUAUUGGCUCAUAAUAUAUCUCCCUACUACUCUGAUAGUAGGAAGUCCAGCCAGCGAGGCUGCAUCACAUAAUGAUGGACUUGUUGGACCACACUCAAAGGAUUCACCUCCAGCUUAUGCUAAUUUGGUCUUUGGCACUGUGUUAUCAGCUCGUAUUUGGAGGGAAGCUCAGCAAUGGGACAAUCAGGAUACAAAGAAGCCAUCAGAAGUGCAGAAAUCUCACUAUCCAAAUCAGAGGAGCACUAUCUCUUCUAAGGAAGAUUUUGAUGGUGCAGAUCCUGAACUUCUAGCAACAUGUGUGUAA